AACACCAUCCGACCGCGCCGUCGUUGUGCUCAGAGCUGAAAAAAAGAGGUUUUUGUAAGUUUACAAACAACCAAUUUGUAGGGUUCCCUUCCAACUUUUUCUGAAAACUUACACGGCGGUGGAGCUGGUACUGUUACUUUCGGUAUUACUACUCAUAAUACUGGACGACAUCUUGGAGAUUUGUGCGAAAGCGGUAGAAGCGGAAGAACUCGACGAUACAAUGACGAUAAGUGUUGGCCGCGCGCGCGACCGCCCGCCCUUAUAUGCACGCUGUGCGUCUGCGCCUCCACGUGGCCCAUGCUCACUCCUCCUUAUCGAUCUCCGCGGUCAGCUGAGCCGCCGCGAACGCAUGCGGAAUGGUUGUACCGUAUGCGCGGCGGCUGGCUUUCUGCCAAUUCCGACGGGGCGAGUAAUGUUGGGUCGUAAAAAUUGGCCCCGUAGCGAAGUUGAAGCUUUGCGGAGUGGAGCUUUGAUUCGAGACUGUUUGGAUCACUGCAGCCUUGAUGAUGCUCUUUUCCUCGCAGAAUUAAAUCAUUUGAGAGGAACGAUGAAUGCUGUCGAGUUUUAUCAGAAAGAAAGGAGGGCAGACUUCAUGACGUCUUUGUCGGGACAUCAACUGAACCAUUUGCACAUUCUCUUUUAUCAACAGUACAGUGCUGCAGCGAGAGAGAGUGAAAGUGCCGUACGAGGAAACAAUUUCCUAUGGUCAGCUAUAUGCAAAAUCGUGCAAUUCGACGAUCACCCCAUGGACGAGCUUUUUCAAGAAACAACGAACAAGCUCUUCCCUCCUUCACCAACCACGUCUGCACAGAACGACGAUACCAUGUGCGUGCAGUAG